AUGAAGCAAGUUGUAUUUUAGGCUAAAAGGGUUAUAGCUAAUAAAGAAAGAGAAAAAAAUUACUAGAGACAUAUAUCUAACCUGCAUAAAGUUUAUGAAAAAGACAGUGGGAUACAGGAAUCAAUAAAUGAAGUGUAGGAAAAGUUAGAUUUCUAGCACAAAAACAGAUAAAAUAAUUAAAAGUAUAAAUAUGAAUAGGAACGAAUGAAGAUAUAAAAAGAAAAUAAAAAAUUGCUUACUGCUUUGAUAGAGAUUAGUGAAAACGAUAAAGCUGUUAAAUAGGCUGAAGAGGCUGCUAGUUUAGUCUUAGUUUAACCUUCUUCAAAAACAUACUAGAAGUAAAUGGAGAUAUAUAAAAUAUAAAAUGAAAACUUUUAGUUAGCUUAUAGGAUGGUUAAUUUACCAAGCGUUUAUCCAAAGAAAUCAUUUGAUGCUGAUUAUAAGCUUCAUAAAAGAAGAGUGGCAUAGUUAUAAAAGUUUUAACCUGAAUAGAGCUUUGAUCCUUUUUAAUCUCAUUUUUCAGUUAAAUCUUCUCAUAGAAGUUCUUCUCCUAUGUCUAGAAGCUAUAUGUUUAUGAAGAGUGCUUGUAAUUCAAACAAAAAGAUAGGUUAAACAUUUUAUACUCCUUAUUCAGUCUCAGCAAAUAAGAGUUUUGCUUUCUCUUCUAACAACUCAGCCAGUCCAGCAAUGAGAUAAAAUGAAUCUUUCACUUUUAAUAAUCAAGUUAAUAAGUAAAAUCAGUCAAAUUUUACUUCAAGUGAUAAAUAUUAUGGAGAGCCAAUUAAAUAAUAGCAAAAUAAUCCUAGCUAUGGUUAGAAUAAUAUUAUUAGUAAUAGGAAUAAAUCUACCUAAAAUAGUUCUCUUGAUAAUAAAGAAACAAACUCAGAGGUGUUAAACAAAGAUCAUAAAUAUUCAUCGCCUACUAAAAUAUUUGCUAAUAUACCUUUAGCUACAACUCCUCAAUUACCUUAAGAGUAGCCCCUUGCUCCUAUUCAAACCUAAACUCCUAGCAGAAUCAGUAAGCAAGAAAUAAAAUUAGUAAUGAGAAUAUUUAAUUUUCAACUUAAGAUCAAACCUAGAACUGAUGAUUAAAACGAUCAUUUUUAUUUUAUAUUAAAAUUCUCAGCUAACAACAAAAAAAGUACUCCUUUCUUCAAGUAUGAAAUGAUGUAAUCAAUAGAUUUCUAGUUUAAUUUUAAGUUAAGAAACAACAAAACACCUAUACCAAAAAAAUAUCCUGAUUCAUAGAGAGAUUAGCAUCAUAUUGAUAAUUAAACAAGUAGAAGCAACAGUUGUUAACAUCAAGCAAAAUGUUCACUCGUAUAAAAUAAAGGCAAUGAAACUAAUGUUAUUGGACAUUUUUAUUUAGAUAUAGAUGCAAGCAAAAAAGGUAUAAACGAAAUUGAUGUGCCAAUUUAUCAAAAAGAUGAUGCUUCGACAGUAAUAGGUCAAACUAAGAUAAUAUUGCAUAUAGAUAUUGCAAGAACUUUAAUCAGAAAAAAGGUACUUAAAUAACAUGAAUUAAGUGAAACUUAUCAAGUGCCUAUGGAAUAAUCCCCACAACAAAGUUACAUUUAAAUAAACUCUUACUCAAAAAUAAAUUCCUCACACAAUUCAUCAAUUUAGAAUUCAGCUUAAGGCACUUGCUUAUCUGGAGGUUUUUAAAGUUAAAAAAAUAAUAACAUAGCUACAAACAAAUCUUAUAUAAUGAGUGAAAAUAGCACCCUAGAUGCAUAAAUAAAAAGUCACAGCAAUUAUAAUUAAAAAGAUUAAUAAUUCUAAAAUUCAUAUAAUGAUUUUGGUUACCAUCCAAAUUAUAAUAAUUAAAGGCAAUUUAAAAGCUCCUCUGUUGAAACUAGGUCAUAGUUAAAAACUGAACAUACCGAAGGCAACUUGAGUCUUUAGAGAAAUAAAAUAAGUCAAAAAAGUUAAACAAAUUCUAAAGUAUAAGCAUUAAAUGAGUCAAAUUAAGAAGGAAUUCAAGCAAAUAAUUUGGAUACUAUUAAUGAAUAUUCUUAAAAACAAAAAAGGUAGCAGAAUAGCAGUCAUCAAGUAUUUAGAAAUACCUUCUUAGAUGGUUAAAUUAGUUAAAUAAAUAAAGACAUUAAUUUUAUUAAAUCAGGAUUACAGCAUUCGACAACUGCGUCAAAUUAAAAAGAGAGUCUGAUUAAAAUUAAUGCACUCAAAAAUCGCUUGAAAUAAAUAAAAAUAGAAUUAGGAACGCUUGAAUAGUAGACAUCCUCCAUUUCACCUAAAACUCCAAAGACUACUUAACAUUCAUAAAAACGAACUAAAAGUUCUUCUAAUAAAGGCAAAGUUCCUAGCUUGGCUCUUAACUUGCUAUAAAAAGAUGCUUAAUGA